GUGAAACAUGCAUUAAUAUUUACCAGAAGUUGCUGAAGCCAUUACUAACUGGACAAACUUGUUUACUAUCUUCUCAAUCUAUAAAUAACACCUUAGUCCUUCUCCAUGACAACCCAUUCAAGAGCCUUCUGAUAAUUGCUUCAUAUUCUUUCAUCCCCUGAAACAAAGCAAUCAUGGGUGUCAUUACUUUCACUGAAGAGUUCAGCAGCCCUGUCCCAGCUGGAAGAUUGUUCAAAGCCUUCGUUCUCGAUUUCGACCACCUCUUGCUGAAGCUUAUGCCUCAGGUUUUUAAGAACAUCGAAACAAUUGAAGGCAAUGGAGGCCCUGGAACAAUCAAGAAGUUGAACUUUACUGAAGGUGGGGAAGUUAAAUACUUGACGCACAGGAUUGAUGCAUUGGACAAAGAGAAGAUGAUGUACAGUUAUACAAUAAUUGAAGGCGAUGCAAUGGACAAGAUUGAAUCAAUUUCUUACGAGAUUAAGUAUGAGGUCUCCUCUAAUGGAGGCUGCAAGGGCAAGAUUGUUAACAAGUACUUCCCAAAAGGAGGCGUCGAGCUCGAAGAAGAGAAAAUUAAGGAAGCCAGGGCACAGGCCAUGGGUAUCUUUAAAGUUGUGGAAGCCUAUCUCUUGGCAAAUCCUGAUGCCUAUGCUUAAGCAGGCACUCUUGAACUGCACAAGAUUGGCUGUACUGUUGCCUUACUAAAUACUAAAUAGCCAAUUUGGCUUGAUGAAUAGAAGUCAUGUUUUCCUUUUCAUCUUA